AUGGAUAGCUACAACAUUGCCAUCAUUGGCGCCAUAGGCGUGGGCAAGUCGACGUUUGUCCAGCGAAUCCUGGGCUUGUCGCGCCCGCCCAUCUCUACCGCGUCCAGCGUUCGCAUCGCCGUCGACUCCGCCUCUUACAACAUCACCCUUCUCGAGCUGGACCUGGACUCCUUCGAACUGAACACGCCGCACCCCAUCCAGUGGCCCAAGCAGAUCAACGGCCACAUCGUGCCCCGCGUCGACGCUGCCCUGGUGCUAUACGAUGUUACCAACAAGGACACCAUUCGCGAGCUUCCUCAGACUUUGGCUGCUUUGACGAAUUCCAACAUGCCCGCCAUGCUGGUCGCGACCAAAUGCGAGGCACCGGAAGAGGACCGGCAGGUCAAUCCCGACGACUUGGCCAACCACACCCUCUUCAGAUCCUGCUUGGCCCACUUUAAGAUCUCCUCGACAAGUCCCGAAAUAGACCGCGGCUGUUUACAUGCCAUCCUCAAGGCCGCCGUGUCCCAUAGAAGGGGUACGCCUUAUGCAGAUGAGAUUGGCGAGAUGGGUGCUGCUCGCAAGAGGGCGCAGUCUGCGGCGAAUCUCGAGGCCACCGACCCCAGCGGCGCUCGGCCCGUUAGCGAAGGGAGACACAAUCGUGCGAGCUCCGACUUUUCGCUGCUCCGGGGCUUCGCGGCUCCAUCCGGCGGCACUCCUGUUGCAGAUGGCCAUGUGCAGACGCAGGCGUCCAGGAGUCCACACCGAGCACGGGGAAGCUUACCGCAACAUCCCAUACCCUUGAAACCCUUGAGCAUCGAUGGCAGUUGUUGUGGCCGCGGAACCGACUCCUUCCUCGACGAGUCCGACACUGAUUCCCGUCGAUAUUCAGACGACAUUCCCAUCCUGCAGCGAAGCGAUGACGUCGUCGUAGAGAAGCAGCAAAAGAUGGCAGGCGUGCCCUUUGACGAUCUGGUGGAUCGCCUGCUGGCGCUGCGCCUCUCCAGGGCCGAUCUCAACUUCUCCGACGUCUUCCUUUGCCUAUAUCGCAAGUUUGCCGCCCCCGGAGAGCUCUUCUCGGCCAUCCUGAUGCGGCUGGAUCGCGUGAGGGACGACAAGACGGCCCACCACCUGACCAAGACAGCAACUCAGCUGAGAAUCAUCGAGACGGUGGCCAAGUGGGUGUCGCUGUAUCCUGGUGACUUUGCCCGACUGGCGACGCGCCGAAACCUGGACGAGUUCAUACGCUAUCUUUCCACGGAGCCCAUCUUCUGCAUCGCUGCCAGGCAGAUGCACCGAAACCUUACCCUCCACGUCAUAGAGGACGACGAUACGGGCUGGGCCAAUGCCGACGACGCCGACGACCAGCUGGCCAGCGACAUUCUCUCCAAGGAGCUGAGCGAGCUUCCGGCUGGGUUGACUGCCUUGCAGUUUGAGGAGGACGGCAACUUUGACAGGCCGUCGGUAAGCUCCGAGAACCUCAACAGAGUGGUCGGCAGCGGCGGCCAGAUACAGCUCUACUCAUACGAAGACUACGAGCGGGAGGCCGCCACCUUGGACCCGACCGAUCACCUGCCGAUGAACAAGUUCCGAUACCGCAUCUUUGUCGAGAUCAAGGACGAUGAGAUCGCGGACGAGCUCACCCGCAUAGACUGGAUCAUGUUCUCCUCGAUCCGCAUCCGCGACUUUGUCCGACACGUCAGCUUGGGAGCAAGUCAAAAGGAGAGCUGCAAGAGCUUGAACAAUGUGAAUCGUAUGAUCAACCACUUCAACCACGUCGCCAAGUGGGUCGCCAACAUGAUCCUCCUCCGGGACAAGGCAAAGCAUCGCGCCCUGGUUCUCGAAAAGUUUAUGAACAUUGCUCUCAAGCUACGACAACUGAACAACUACAAUGGCCUGGCGGCUGUCCUGGCAGGAAUCAACGGGACGGCCAUCCACCGCCUUUCUCAGACAAAAGCUCUGGUUUCGCCCGAGGUUCACAAGAAGUUCGCGCGAUUGGUCAUCUUGAUGGGCACCCAAAAGAGCCACUUUGCCUACCGACUGGCAUGGGAGAAUUCGCCGCUGCCCCGUAUCCCCUUCAUGCCUCUGCACCGCCGUGACCUGGUCUCUGCCGAGGAGGGCAGCAAGACCUUUGUCGGCCCCAACGGUGACCGCAUCAACUGGAAGAAGUUUGAGGUGCUUGGCGAAGUUCUCUUGCCUCUGAUGAAGAGCCAGGGAUCGCCGUAUCCCAACCUCUCCAAAAACGACAACGUUCGAGAGCUCAUAUUGGGCUGCCACAUGACGACGGACGAAGAGGAAAUCUACCAGCGAAGCCUCGAGGUAGAGGGCUCGGCGUCAGGUGGCGGAGCCCUGGAGCCAACCAAGAAGAUCUUUCCAUGGCUUAAAUAA